AAAAUGGCCUGCAAUGAAACAAUGUGACAUCCUAGGAAUUGCAGAGGGGUAUCUCGAUGCAUUUUGGGUUUUGCUAGAGGAAUGAUGUGCUUUAGAGCUUCUGUAGUGCUUUAGGAGCAGCCUCUGCUCGCACUUCGCAUCGAGAGAAGCCGGGAACCACAUCCUCUGUAACGACACAGAUCAUCCGCUCCAUGACAUGUCGUCGGAUGGGGUUCUUGUCCACUCGAAAUCUAGCUGCUCUCUACCAUGUUCCUCCUGUGGCAUACUACAACGUGUGCUUUUUGCCCAGUGGGAAUGCCUUCUCAGCCAUUAUUGGGGAUCCGGUGUCCAUACUUGUCUUUACACGCUUGUAGUCAUGUGAACCUAUACCUCUCAAGGUUCGAAGUGAAAUUGGCAAAGAAAUAUGCGGCUUUGCUGAUACCAAAUGUCCAAUGGUGGGGUGGCUUCUUAUGGCAUGGAUAUGUUGCGUGAGGACCGCAGGACACUCCGAGGCUCUCACACGUAAGGGCAUACAGCUUGAACCCGCAAAGCGCAACAUAAGACAAUUCACCUAUCCGAUACCACUCCAAGCUUCAAACCGUAAGACGAUGUCUGGUCCAGGUCCAGGUACCGGUUACGAUGUGGUGGUCGAUGUCGACGAGGAGGGGGAUCUUGGUCACACCGAUCUUCAAGAAGAUCUUGAGUUUCAUUCUUCCAAUUUUAAUACGGAUAAUCCUACCAACUCAAGAAAGCUGCCAGGCUCAUCAAGCGGUCUCCCUGCGCCUGUGACAUCUGGAAGUGGUUCCUCCAAACGCUACCUCUGGACACUAUCCUUCUACGCGCAGUUCUUCGAUGUUGAUACCAGCUCUGUCCUUUCAAGGUGCUGGGCGGCCUUAUAUCCACGAGCAAACUUCCUCGAUGUCCUCGAGGGCAACGCUGAUCUCUACGGGCCGAUCUGGAUCGCGACCACUGUGGUGUUUAUACUCUUCUUGGGGGGCACAAUCAGCAAAUACUUGGCAGAGACUGGGAGUGAACAUUUCGUCUACGACUUCAGACUUUUGAGCGGUGCCGCCGGCCUCAUCUACGGCUACACCCUCAUCAUCCCCAUCGCACUCUUCCUCGCUCUGAAGUACUUUGGGAGCGAAUCCGCCAAUCUACUCGAAUGCUGGGCUCUAUAUGGAUACUCAAAUCUCAUCUGGAUCCCCGUUGCAUUGAUCUCCUGGUCCCCUAUUACAACACUGAACUGGGUCUUUGUUGCUGUUGGAUUCGGUCUCAGUGUGGCCUUUCUCCUCAGGAACCUGUAUCCAAUCUUGAGCGCAACGGACAAGCAGACAAGCAAAGCUCUAUUAAUCCUUGUGGUUUGCCUCCAUGCUGGAUUAGCUAUUGCCAUCAAAGUCUUGUUCUUCGCUCAUGGCAGUCCCGUUGCGAAGACCCCAAAAGAUGCGCCAGAGGCAAGAGAAGGAGCAACACGCCUAUUCAUGUAUUGAUAGGGCAUUACAAUAGUGUACCUGAAGUGUAUGAUAGAAUAUAGUGACAGGAGAUUCGCGAUUCCUAUGGAAAUUCUUUUACGUUCAAUCAAGCAGCCUUUGUAGGUCUCCCAAGUCCACAUAAUUUUGGGAAGGCUCAAGACAGCCAAAAGCUACUAGGAUCUGCAUCUCGCUGACACCUAUGAGCCCAAAUUUCUCGUAGUAUGCCACCCACUGUCCUUGACCAGAUGCCUUCAUUAAGAUAUUUGACCAGCGGCUAUCAGGCCAAACCCACAUCUAUGCUACUACCUUGCACCCUCCUUUACACCUCCUUUCUUAUCCCAAUCCAGCCAGCUUCCCUGAUACUCUGCAACAUUAUCCCAGCCAGCUUGCCGCGCCAAUGCUGCCGCAGCACGACUUCUUACCCCUGACUUGCAGUAGAAGAUGACCUCCUGCUCCUUGCUUGGUCUCUCAAAUCCGAAUCUGUCCUCGAACUCUUCUGCGGUAAUGAAAAACGAAUCUGGCUUCGAAGUGAUAGGUAUGUUAAUAGAUCCAGGAAUUGUACCGGUAGCCUGCAGUUCUCCUGGUUCCCGACUGUCGAUUAAGAUGCGAUUUGUAUUCGGUUUCUCGAUGAAAGAUUUGACCUAAUGUCUGUCAACACGGAAACCCAGAAGGGAGGCCGAUACCUUACAUCUUCGAAGGAGUAAAUUUUGCUACUAGGAAAAACUCUGGAAAAGAGAGGAACAGCUCCACAUCACCAGCGAUCGACAACCCCUCUCGCUGGCGCCUCCGCUCCCCUUCACACGGGAGGCCGGCAAGGCGAAAUCGCAUAGAAGUACAAACAACAUCAUGCCUUUAGACUCGCACGAGCUCCGCAGCCAAUAAUCUUACCUUACUGAAAUUAUA